GAAUGCAUGCGGUUUAAUGCGGGCCGUAUUGGCCCACGCUCACAUCAAGUCCACAUCAACAACAACAAUAACAACUAGAGAGUGGAGUGGAGUGAAGUUAUGCUGCUGGCGGAUGUGAAAUUCACUUUGAGGAUAUGAAAAUAGCGCAUAAACGAGCCAUAACACAUGCGAACAAACGGAAGAGCUUAAAAGGAGUGCAAAAAAGAGGAAAAGAACCGGCAGAGCUUGGCAACACAUAUACAACACUGCCAGUACAACAGCAACAACAGCAACAAUAACAACAACAACAAUAGCAGCGCAAAGUUGUCAAAAGAAAAGUGAAAGCCGAAAACUGUAAAAGAGACUUCGUGUAAACACUCAAAAGCUCGUUAACAGAAUACAUCCUGCCUGUGCCUGCCUGCCUACAUCUGCCCUCUCCCUCAAUCUCUCUCUCAGUGUAUGUGUGUGUGGGAGCGUGUAUCAUCAUCAUGUACGUACAACAGCAACGACUAAGCCGUCUGAGUAACUCCAACUGUCGCCUCUGCCCGACCAUUGCCAUUGCCAUUGCCUAGUCGCACAGUCGCGCUUCCGCUUCCGUCUACGCUCACUCGCCUCAUUUCCGCUGCGGCUGCAAUUAAGCCAACUACCCACUAACCUGCAACAAACCAGCCAAAACAAAAACUACAGCUGCAAUAAAAAUGGCGCGCGCGACCAACUUUAAUGACGCACUGGACUACAUCUACAUAGCGAAUAGCAUGAAUAACAAGGCCUAUCUGAUAGCCGACCCGCGGCCCGAUGAGCCCGUCGAUGCGCCUGAACAGGAGGAGGAGGAGGAGGAGCUAAAUGGCGGCGACAGCAAUAACAACAAUCAAUACUAUAAUGAUGGCGACUUUCAGAAUACGGCAGCAGCAGCAGCAGCUGUUGCGGCUGCCGCUGCCUUGGAGAACAAUGCGAGCAGCAGUUCGACUGGCUUCCCCAGCCCCAACAGUUCACCUGGCUCGCCGCUGGCCACCGCAGCGCUGGCAGCAGCUGCGGCCAGCGCCUCGGUGGCAGCGGCUGCAGCGCGCAUAACAGCCAAGGCAGCACAUCGUGCAUUGGGCAGCAAAACGGCCAUCGAGCUGAUCGAUGCCGAUGGCAGCAAAAGUCCGGACAAUAAUUAUACGAAUGUGGCUGUCGGUCUAGGAGCAAUGCUACUCAACGAUACGCUGCUGCUCGAGGGCAUGGGCAAUGAGACGGGCGGUUUGAGCAUCUUUGGCGAUUUAGUCAAUGGCAGCGGGCAGCUGUUAAAUGGCAGCGCAGCGAUCAAUGUCACAGCCAGCAAAGUGGCCGAGGAUGACUUCACGCAGCUGCUGCGCAUGGCCAUCACGACGGUGCUGCUCGGUCUGAUGAUACUCGUCACGAUAAUUGGCAACGUCUUUGUGAUAGCUGCCAUUAUACUGGAGCGCAAUCUACAGAAUGUGGCCAACUAUCUGGUUGCCUCGCUGGCCGUGGCUGAUCUAUUUGUGGCCUGCCUCGUGAUGCCCCUUGGCGCCGUCUAUGAGAUCAGCCAAGGCUGGAUACUUGGACCGGAGCUAUGCGACAUUUGGACCUCAUGCGAUGUCCUCUGCUGCACGGCAUCCAUUUUGCAUCUGGUUGCCAUUGCUGUCGAUCGUUAUUGGGCUGUGACCAACAUUGAUUACAUCCAUUCACGCACCAGCAACCGCGUCUUCAUGAUGAUAUUUUGCGUUUGGACCGCAUCUGUUAUUGUCUCGCUAGCGCCACAAUUCGGCUGGAAGGAUCCAGAUUAUUUGCAACGCAUCGAGCAGCAAAAGUGCAUGGUCUCGCAGGAUGUGGCCUACCAGGUAUUUGCCACUUGUUGCACCUUCUAUGUGCCACUGCUGGUUAUUUUGGCGCUAUACUGGAAAAUCUAUCAGACAGCUAGAAAGCGCAUCCAUCGUCGCCGACCGCGCCCUGUUGACAUGACGGCCAACAAUAAUCAGCCCGCGGCUGGCGCAUCUUCGGACACAAAAUUAAAUCGUCUGCGCUUACGUCUUGGCAAAUUUUCAACGGCCAAGAAUAAGAGCGGCACAGCAGCUGGCACAGCUGCCGGAGCAGGAGCUGCUGGCGGCACAGCAUUGGGCCUGCUCGAGGGCAACUCGACAAAUACAGUGAACACCGUAGAGGACACUGAGUUCAGUAGCUCGAAUGUGGAUAGCAAGAGUCGUGCCGGCAUUGAGGUGCCCAGCACAUCAGGUAGCCAAAUAGCCACCGUCUCACAUCUAGUGGCUUUGGCCAAUCAGCAGCACAAGCAACAGAAACCCACUGAAACUGCCGAACAGCCCGUGCAGGAGGAGGAGCUAGAGCAACAGCAGCACCAGCUUAAUGUGGUAGAAGCAACCGCAACCACAACAUUAGCAGCAGCUGAAGCUGGGGAAGCAGCAACAUUAGUAGUAGAAGCAACUGCAACAACACCAACAGGCAAGGCCAAUGGCAACGGCGGCGUGGAGGUGCUUGAGGAUCCGCAGCUGCAACAGCAGCUUGAACAAAUGCAGCAGCUACAAAAAACAAGCAAAUCCGGUGGUGGCGGUGGCGGUGGUGGUGGUGCCAGCACAUCAAAUGCCACAACAAUUACAUCGAUAUCAGCGCUAUCGCCACAGACACCAACGACGCCAGCAGCUGGCCCGAUGACGACAAAGACCAGCACGUUAACCAGCUGCAACCAGGCGCAUCCGUUAUGCAGCUCCGCAAACGCCUCCGGUCCGGUAACACCAGAACCGCGCACCAAGCAACAGCAGCUGCAGCUUCAGCUGCAUCAGCAUCCAAAUCCCAACUCAAAUUCAUCUCAGCAUUCACAGCAACAGCCGGCACAACAAUUGUCCAGCAUAGCGAAUCCCAUGCAAAAGGUGAACAAACGCAAAGAGACGCUGGAGGCGAAACGUGAAAGGAAAGCGGCCAAAACCUUGGCAAUUAUAACGGGCGCCUUCGUUGUCUGCUGGCUGCCCUUCUUCGUGAUGGCAUUGACGAUGCCGCUCUGCGCCGCCUGCCAGAUCAGCGACAGCGUCGCCUCGCUCUUCCUCUGGCUGGGCUACUUUAACUCGACGCUGAACCCGGUCAUCUAUACAAUAUUCAGUCCCGAGUUUCGUCAAGCCUUUAAACGCAUAUUGUUUGGCGGCCAUCGACCAGUGCAUUAUCGCAGCGGGAAGCUCUAGAUAGUGCAUGCGAAGAGGCGAAGGCGUUUCUGCUAAGCGAAAGGAUUUGCCUCUUCGUUAAAAAUAUUUAAAACAUGAAGUAAAGAAGUUGAAAAACAAGACGAAAAGAAGAAGAACACCAGCACUCACUACAUGCAUGUAUACCAAAAAAUAGAAGUUUAGCAGUAAAAUUUAGAAAUUGAGAUUAUUAAGAUAUUAAAAGUAAAUAUUAAAUGUUAUAAAUAUAUUAUGCUUUUAAGUUAAGACAAAUGUAAAUAAGUUGAGCAAAAAUUGUUAAAAGCUAAAAGUAUUUAAAUAUUAAUAUCUAAAUACUUUAGAGAAGUUAAAAGUUAA